AUGAAGUGGCAUAGCAGCAUAGUGGUCGCAUUGCUGUCCGCAUCUGUCGUAGUGAACGGCAUCCCCCUUGGCACAACAAGUUGCACCGUCAAAUCUCAGCGCAAAGCUUGGCAUACUUUAACAAAAGAUGAGAAACUGGAGUAUCUUGACGCAGAGAAAUGCCUCAUGAAGCUUCCAGCAAAACUUGGCCUCCCAGGAACGAGAACGCGAUUUGAUGAGUUGCAAGCUUCUCAUGCUAUGCAAGCUGAGAUAACGCAUGGUGUGGGCGCGUUCCUCCCAUUCCACCGCCUGUUGAUGCAUACCCACGAGUAUCUCAUGCAAACUGAAUGCGGCUACGAAGGAACACAGCCUUACUGGGAUGAGCCGAGAGACGCAGGGAAAUUCAGCAAGUCCGUGGUUCUCGACCCUGAUGUCGGUUUUGGUGGCGAUGGCGUUGCGCCAGACAACUGUAUUGCAGAUGGCCCCUUUGUGGGCUAUAUGAAUGGAAUCGGUCCGGGCCAUCUCAUUUCAGAUCACUGUAUUGAUCGGAAGGUCAACGAUGUCGCCAGUCAAGCAGCAAACCAAUCCUUCGUCGACCAGUGUUAUAAACUUCAGAACUACUCGACUGCUUGGCCAUGUAUGGAGGGAUCUCCACAUAGUGGAGGUCAUGGUGGUAUUGGGGCAGAGAUGUUGAAUCCGAUUUCGAGCCCAGGAGAUCCUAUCUUCUACCUUCACCAUACAUACCUAGAUAAGGUUUGGUGGGGAUGGCAAGCUCUAAACUUGCCAGCUAGUGUAUCGGAAAUUACUGGAAGAAAUGUUCAGGAUCCAUGUGCUGGCUUUGGAGGGGGGCUGCCGUGGACUGGACCGAACGGCACGUCCCCCUUUCCUGGCUGGCCAAAUGGAACGAUUCCAGGCUGCGAAAAUGACACAACUCCGGUUAUACCACAAAGCCUACCUGGCGACCCUGGAAAUGUUACUACAAUGAACCAUGUCCUUAACAUGUUUGGAAUUGUUCCUAACUCAACUGUCGGGGACGUUCUUGAUAUUAGAAAUGACUUCUUAUGUUAUGAAUAUGUGUAG